AUGCCGCUGGAAACCGAUACCUACCACCUUCUCACCCAAGGCCAGAUUUUCGAGAAAUCUCAAUUCAGCAAAGAGGUCGGAGCAGCUAUCUCAGCACCGCCCAAUUCCUCAAGGAUCCUUGAUUGCUUCGGUUUUGAUUUCAGUCGCGCCAAGGCUACGCCGGCAGAAAGUCUGGUCUACAACAAUGACGCCGAAAACUUGGGAGAAAGGACGGUACUUUCUCUCUUAGAUUAUAAGUCCAAGUACGGAUUUGCUUGGCACUUCUUCCAUCGUGUCGAUCUCCAUGAUGAGCUCAGGAAGCUUGCAACUGAGCCAACUCCUUCACGUAAGGGGUUUGCUCGCCUUCAUCUCGCUACAUGCGUUUCAAGUAUCGAUCUGGAUGGCACCAUUCAUUUCCCGGAUGGAACGACAGUGAAGAAGGAUCUUGUCGUCGCAGCCGAUGGCGUCCGCUCCUCUUUCAUAUCCGCGGUGUUGGGCGAAGAGAUACCGUCUCAGCACUUCAUGACAAUGACUCGGUUGCUGCUGCCUACGGAGCAAAUGGCUAAUGAUGCCGAUACUAACGCCUUUUUCAAGGGCGGAUACAACUCUAUUAGAGUCCUCAGAGUUGACGACGGCAGUCUUGUGACGUAUGGCUGCAGAAAUGGCGCGCUGCAGAACAUUGCAUUCAUGUAUCCAGCAGAGCAUUUUGAGGACGCUGCAGGCUUCCUGAAAAAGUAUCCUGCUUUCAUCCAAUCUCUGGCAUCCAAGGCCAGUGGUAUAGGAGAAUGGAGGCUUCUGACGAGAAAGCCUCUUGACAGAUUUGCCCGAGGUCGGCUUGCGGUCAUUGGUGAUGCAGCUCAUCCGAUGCCUCCCUUACGUGUGCAAGGGGCAUCCAUGGCCAUUGAGGACGCCGCCGCUCUCGGUGUGUUUCUGUCGAGCUUGAAAACCUUGGAAGAUAUACCGACGCGAUUGGAAAUGUUUAAUGACCUGCGAGUCUAA